GCCUCUCUUUAUGGUUUCAACCUCACAUUACCUUCUCCUUUUCUAGUUUCUCUGUGAUCCAAUCCCUCUCAUCUUCUUCUAGAAUUCUUCUGCUUGUUACAACAAAGUGUGUACCUAAACUGAAAGAUAUAACCCCAAAACUUCCCAACCACACCAGACUGUUUCUCCUCUAAUUCAGUUCUCUAUCUCCUAGCCCUUUUUCUAGCUCUGUUUCCUCUGUGUUCUUGUGCCAUUUAAUUUCGGGUGGUAAGCUCAUUGCCACGAUGAGGGGAAGGACAAGCUCAUUCCUCUUCAUCAUCUUCCUGCUCUCUGUCCUUAAUGGGAUUCUCUCUGUUCGUUCCUUUCUCAACGAUGAACCCAUGAAAUUGGAGCUCAUUCACAGGAACUCUUUGCGUGACGAAAUGCCGAAAACGCAGCUAGAACUCAUCCAAGAGCUCCAGCGCCACGACCUCAUUCGCCACCAGAUGAUCUCCCGCAGGGGGCAACACCACCAUCAUCACAUUUCAACUGGCAUAAGGAGAUUUGCACUGGAAAAAGCCUCCAUUGCAAUGCCGUUGAGUUCGGCUUGGGAUUUCGGUACGGGGCAGUACCUCGUUCAGAUUAAAGUGGGAACACCAUCACAGAGGUUCCUGUUGAUUGCAGACACAGGGAGUGACUUGACAUGGAUGAGGUGCAAGUAUGGAUGCGGUGGGAAAUGUGGGUUGAAAAGGGCAAAGUUGAAGAAGAACAAGAAGAAGGUGUUUCGUCCCGCUCAAUCUUCAACCUUCAAAACUAUCCCUUGCUCAUCUGAUAUGUGCAAGUUCGAGCUUGACUUUUCUCGCAAAGAAUGUCCGACCCCAUCAAGCCCUUGCAAAUAUGAUUAUAGGUACGCAGAAAACUCUGGUGCAUUGGGAUUCUUUGCGAAUGAGACGAUAAGAGUACCCCUUACGAAUGGUAGGAGAGCAAAGCUGAAUGAUGUGCUAAUUGGCUGCACAGAGACCAUCGAGGGACCUAAAGAGGCAAGCAUCCGGGCAGGUGAUGGGAUAUUGGGUUUAGGGUUAGGGAAGCACUCAUUCGUCGGAAAAGCUGCUUCAAACUUGGGUGACAAGUUUUCCUAUUGCCUGGUUGAUCACAUGAGCCACAAGAAUGUGUCAAGUUAUCUCACAUUUGGUAGACUUGCUGAACCCGCAGAGCAAAAGAACAUGAUUUACACAAAGCUUGCUUUCGGUGGCCCUAAAAUCGGCCCAUUUUACGCUGUGAACUUGGCGGGGAUAUCAAUUGAGGGUAAAAUGCUAAUGAUACCAGAUGAAGUGUGGACUGAAAAUCGUGGCGGUGGAACAAUCGUUGAUUCAGGCACAAGCCUCACAUUUCUAUCCAUGCCAGCUUACAUACCUGUCAUGGAGGAAUUGACAAGGGCUUUGUCCAAGUACGAGAAAAUAUCAUUGGACGCAUUCGAGUUCUGCUUCAACUCCACUGCUUACCAAGAGUCUUCGGUGCCUAGAUUCGCAGUUCAUUUUGCCGAUGGAGCUAAAUUUGAGCCCCCAGUGAAGAGCUAUGUUAUUGAUGUUGCAGUACAGACAAAGUGUCUAGGGUUUCUGUCAACUUUGUUUCCUGGAACCAUAGUUAUUGGCAACAUAAUGCAGCAAAAUUAUUUGUGGGAAUUCGAUUUGCGGGAAGGUAAAUUGGGAUUUGCUCCUUCAAGUUGUACCUAGUAUUUUGUUGAGAAUGGGAUUCAUUGUAAGUGAUGUGCUCACAUUUGUAAUUCUUUUCCCGUUCCCUUCUUUCUCUU